GUCCCAAAUAAACGUUAUAUUGGCAUUCUCAAGCUAUUAUCGCAUGACAUCGUGCUCGAUUGAGAAUAGAGCAGAAUCGUUUGCGUCAAAACGACUUAGGAAGAAUGCCAAGAUCGAGAAUGCCAAGUGAACUUCGUCUUAACAAACAGUAAGAAGUUCAUCGAUGAUUAAAACUCGAAGAUCAAAACGAUAACGUUCGAUAAAAAAUUGAUAAUUCAUAUGUAGAAAAAACAAAAAAAAAAAAGAAGAAAAACAGAUAAAAAUUUAUAUACAGACGAAUUUUACGUCAAUCCUAUAACAAGCUAUAAUUAUGUCGCACUCAAUGUGCACGAUAUUACGCUUUAUUUUACUCUUGGGAAUUUUAACAAGAGGGAUAAAAUGCGUCGAUCUCUCAAAUAAAGAAUGGUGGGAAACAACGCUCGUGUAUCAAAUCUGGCCAAGAGGAUUUCAAGAUAGCGAUGGCGAUGGUGAAGGCGAUUUAAAAGGCAUUAUUAGUAAACUUAAUUACAUUAAGGAACUUGGAAUCGAAACAAUAUGGCUUAAUCCUAUUUAUGGAUCUCCUCUAGUGGAUAGUGGAUUUGAUGUUUCUAAUCAUACAGAUAUAAAUCCUUUAUUUGGAAACUUUGCAGAUUUUUAUAGAAUAAUAGAAGAAGCACAUAAGCGUGAAUUAAAGGUCAUGAUAGAUAUAAUACCAAAUCAUUCUAGCAACAAACAUCGAUGGUUUUUAUUAUCUACACAAAAUAUUAAGCCUUACAAUGAUUACUAUAUUUGGGCAAAUGGAUCUGUAGACAAGAAAGGUAAUAAGAUGCCACCUAAUAAUUGGGUAAGCACUUAUAAUAAAGAAAAAGAAGGAUCAGCAUGGACUUGGAAUGAUGUUAGAAAGCAAUGGUAUUAUCAUAAAUUUCACGAGAAACAACCAGAUCUUAAUUUACGAAAUGAAAAUGUUAUUAAGGAAUUAUGGGAUAUUUUGAAAUUUUGGUUAGAAAAACAUGUAGAUGGUUUCCGUUUUAACUCAGUACCAUAUUUUUUUGAAGAUAAAGAAUUACGAAAUGAACCAUUUGUUGGAAGUGGUAAUCAUACUUUUGGACUUAAAGAAAGUAUUGAACUUCUUUAUGUAUUUCGUGCCUAUAUCAACAACUGGGUAGAAGAAAACAAUGCAAGUUCAAAAUUAUUAAUAGCAGAAUCAUAUGAUUCUGUUCAUAAUCUUAUAGCUUAUUACGGUAAUGAUACACACAAAGGUAUUCCACCUACUAAUACACUCUUCAUCAAUCCUAUUCAUAAUAAAACAGAUGCUGAUUAUAUCAAAAGCGUAAUAGAUGAAUGGUUUCAUCUUUUACCUGAAAAUGCAAGCACAAAUUGGAUGCUAAGUAAUCAUGACUUCUCGAGAGUACCAUCGAGAAUUGGAUUAAAUCGUGUUGAUGGACUUCAUAUGCUUAGUUUACUUCUACCUGGGCAAGCAUAUACAUAUUAUGGUGAAGAGAUAGCAAUGUUAGAUUCCAAAAUUCGAUGGCAUGAAACGAUUGAUCCAAUGGGCUGUGCUCAGACAGAGGACACAUAUGAAAAUUUUUCCAGAGAUCCAGCAAGAGCACCUAUGCAAUGGAAUAACGAAGUAUCCGCUGGUUUCUCCACAAAUAAAUCUACAUAUCUUCCUGUAAACCCUGAAUAUGUCACUAGAAAUGUGAAAUAUCAAGAAGCCCAAGAACGCAGCAACUUAAGAACUUAUAAAAGGCUAGCCAAACUUAGAAAAGAUAUAGUUUUUACUCAUGGAGACUAUGAACUUAAAUCUACAAAUAAUAACAACGUACUUAUUUUAAAACGAUCAUUGCAAAAUCAUCCUGUAUAUAUAGUUAUUGUGAAUCUGUGGAUUCAUCAAGAACAAAUAAAUUUGGCAUCUCUAUAUCCAGAUAUAGAUGACAAUUUAGAAAUUGUAAUAUAUUCAAGUAAUUCCAUCUAUACUACAGACACUGUACCAAGAAGUAAUAUUAUGCUUACGGCAAAUGCUGCUUUAGUAUUAAAAGGAAAGGAAACACCACAGACUACAUCUACCAUUUCUACUAUUCCUACUAUAUCUACUAUAUCUAUUCCAGUUAGUGACAUAACUCCAUCAGUAAAUGUUACAACGAAAGACCCAAACAGUUCAGAAAAACCAACGGAAGGCCCAAUCAGUACAAAAAGGCCAACAGAAGCGCCAGACAGUACAAGUAGUCCAACAAAAAAUCCAAGCAGUUCAGAAAAGCCAACGGAAGGCCCAACCAGUACAAGUAACCCGACAAAAAAUCCAAACAGUUCAGAAAAGCCAACAGAAGGCCCAACCAGUACAAGUAAUCCGACAAAAAAUCCAAACAGUUCAGAAAAGCCAACGGAAGACCCAACCAGUACAAGUAACCCAACAAAAAAUCCAAACAGUUCAGAAAAGCCAACGGAAGACCCAACCAGUACAAGUAACCCAACAAAAAAUCCAAAUAGUUCAGAAAAGCCAACAGAGGACCCAACCAAUACAAGUAAGCCAUCAAAAAGUCCAAACAGUUCAGAAAAGCCAACAGAAGACCCAACCAACACAAAUACCUCAACGAAAGACCCAAACAGUUCAGAAAUAUCCAGCACUUCUAAAUUUAUCUUGAUACUAAGCACAAGUUUGAUUGUUAUAUUAUUAUCUGCGUUUUGAAUUAUAUUAUAUAAUAAUAAAAGAAAAGUAUACAUAAUACUAUUUUCUUACAAUUCUAAACAUUUAAAAUUAUAAUUUCUCAAUAUUUAAAUGUUUACACGUUAAUGAGACGCAAUUCAAUACCAAAUGAAUCAUAUCAAAGCAGAUUUAACUGUGAUUUAUAAAUUAACUUCAUCAUGCAACGUAUACAAGAGCGUUAACAAUAUGAUAAAUACAGUUGAAGACAUUCAUUUAGAAGACAAGUUUAUCGUGCAUUAUCGCGAAGAGAAAUAGUUAUAAAGAUAAUUUUUAAAUCGUAUAAAAUAAUUCUUUAUUAAUUAUCCUAAUAGAUACAAUAACAGUGAACUGAAUUUAAUAAGACUUGAUAGAAUGUUAUCGAAAAAAAAUAACUGAAAUAAACUUGACAAAUGUAUAAAUAUCUAAUCUCAUAAAGAUUCGUUUUUCGUUAAAGGAUAUUUCUUUUCUAAGGAUAAUGGAUCGCUAGAGAGAUAAAUAUGAGAGGUCGUCUACUAUCUUAUCUGUGUAUUAAUAAGAAAACAAUAAAAAUAUAUCAUUCGUAUUAAUUGGA